GGGCCUGUUGGGCCGUGGCUGGGCCUGCUGGCGGGCUGCUGGGCCCGGUGCGCGGGGCGGGAGCUGUCCGCGAUGACAUCAGUGCCGUGUCCCCGCCCCAGCCCGCCGGGAGGCGGCCCUGCCCGGACUUCCCGGCCGCCGGAGGACGGAGCCGGAGCCGAGUGCGGCCGGGAGCGCAGAGCGGCUGCAGGGAGAGUGGCCCCAGCUGCCAAGGCGCCUCCGAAUGCUGAUCGCCGGCACCGAUUCCCUUUCAGAUGUGAGCGCGAGGGCGGACGCAGGAAGCCACGAAGAUGCCGUGGACCCGCAGGGCCGUGGCGAUGAGACUGGCCAGUCUGUGUCUCAUGGUGCAGGCCGGGCCGGCGCUCGGAGCUCCGCAUAGGUGGCCUGAGUCCUCCGAUGAGUCCUGCAUUUUCAGCCUGACCUUGAGGGACUUCCGGCCCAUUCUAUCCUGGGAAUUGAAAAACCGCUCCAUCAUGCCAACACACUACACACUGUGGCACACGGACAUGAGCGGUUCAGACGUGCCCCUGGAGCUGGUCCCCGAGUGCGCCAACACCACGCGGGCCUCCUGCGACCUCACGCAGCACUGGCGCAGCCUGACCGAGAUGUACCUGCCCCGGCUCGUCGGGUCCCGGGGGGGCGCCACGCUGGUGGACUGCGGGGGCUCCAUCUUCCCGGACACGGACAUGAUUUUGGAACCCCCUGAGUUCGAGGUCACCGGCUUUGAGGACCACAUCAACGUGACACUGAAGUUCCCGCCCGCCUUGCCCAAGCUGCGGCCUGGGGAAGGGCUGUGGCUGCACCUGUCGCUCUCCAUAGAGGAGGAGUCGGAGGGGGUUGUGAAGCAGCACCUUCUCCAAAUCGGCGAGCACACCACCGGCAACUUCACCUACGUCAUUGACAAGCUGGCUCCAAACACCAACUACUGCGUGUCUGUGUGCCUGAAGGGCAACUUCCUGUCCAAAUCACAGCGGUCCCCCUGGAAGUGUACCCGCCUCCCGCCCAGGCUGGACUCAGAGGCCUCGGCGCCGGCCGCGGUCGGGGGCCUGGUGGCGCUGCUCCUGGCCGCCGUCCUGGGCAGCGCCCUCGCCAUCCUGCGGCAGGUCGGCUGCAUCUGCCUCCGGAGCAAGGUCCCCAAGGCGCUGAACUUGUAUGGCGUGCCCAUCUGGGCGUUCCCCGAGCGGCCGGCCCUGGAGGCGGUGGCCGUGGCGGAGGUCAUCCCGGUCCACAGGAAGAGGAGAGUGUGGGACUACAGCUACGGCGACGAGAGCGACGGGGAGGAGGCGGAGCCCCGGGCCAGCGCCGGGGCCUACACCACCCACGGGCUGGCGGCCAGGCCUCUGUGCCCGGGGCCCCCCUCCUCCGCCACCCCGGGGGCCGGCGAGGAAGCCGAGGCCCUGAUGGCCUCCGAGGGGCCGGGGAGCUGGGGGGCCGAGCGCACCGGCGGGGCCUACGAGGGGCCCGGGCCCUGGCCGGCCGAGCGCACCGGCCGGGCCUCCGAGGGGCCGGGGAGGAGCUGGGGGGCCGGCCGGGCCUACGAGGGGCCCGGGCCCUGGCCGGCCGAGCGCACCGGCCGGGCCUCCGAGGGGGAGGCGGGGGCCUGGCCGGCGGAUCCCUUUCCCCAGGAGGACAGCAGCCCCACCGAGAGCCCCGGGGACCGGAUCUUCUUCAACGUGGACCUGAGCUCCGUGCUCGUGCGGGUCCCGGAUGGGGAGGACUCUGGAGCCCCCGCGGUGUUCGGUCCUCCGGAGGAGACGGGGGGCCUGGAGGACUCCGAGGACAGCACCCCGGGGCCCGAGGAGGCUCCUUGUGGUGAAUGUGACACCUCCACCUCCAACGCGGGCCUCGGGGGCGGCUACAUGAUGAGAUGACCCGGAACAGGGCCUUACCCGCAGCCCCCCCCCCCCACGCUGCUCCCGGAGCGGGGGGGGGGCAGAGCGCCCCCUGCUGGACAUCCCCUUUGCAACCCCCGUGUGGGAGGAGUCACGGUGUUUCCCCGGGGCCACGUGCACACGGUCCGAGGGGCAGCUUUGGAGGAGCGCGUCCCCCGGGCCUGCAGGGUGGCCCAGGGCCCUGGGGGGUCACUAACGGGGCAGGGGAGGGCGUCGGGGAGAAGGCGGACAGUCCGGCUGCUGCAGGAGCCGGCCGGUGGCUCCCUCAGGCUCCAGGACAGCGCAGGCAGGCAGCGGGGGGAGGGCCCAGGAGGCCUUUGAGGGUCCUGGGCCUGCAGCCAGUGCCGUGUGUGCUGACUCCAGACGCCCGGCUUGUGACCACAGCCCUGCGGAGGGGGAGCUCAGGGGCAGAUGCCCAGGGCUCCUGCUUCAGGCCCAUGGUGCUGUGUGGCCCUGAGCACUUUGCCCAGCCUCUCUGAGCCUGUGUUGUGUGCUCACUUGUGAAACAAGGGGACCAGACAAGGUCCUCUCCAAGACCCUGUGACUGCGGGGAGAAAUAUUAGGAAGCCAGGGGCCCAGUGCACAAAAUCGGUGCACGGGGGGGCGGGGGGGUCCCUAGAGGGCCUCCCUUCACCAGCAGCGCUCCCUGGUGGUCAGCGCACAUCAUCGCGAGCGAGCGAACUCCCCUGUGGUUGAACUCCCCAGGGGACAAUUCGCAUAUUAGGCUUUUCUAUAUAUAGUUGCACAGGCCUGAUGACGGGCGGAGGGGCCACAGCCCGGGAGGCCCCCGGUGGGGAGGGUAUAGAACCCCACCCCCAACCUCAGCCCUCAUCCUCAGACCUUCCUUCUGGAUCCUUUCAAGGGGGUGGGGGACAAAGUUUACAGCAGUCUUCCUAGGUCAAGGACAUUCGAUAGGUUAUUUUCUUGUUCUAAAGUAACUCUGACGGGAGAGGAGGGGGGGGAGGGGGGGCGAUCUGACGGGUUCUGUAGCAAAGGGGCGCAUCAGACCCGGGGCGCCAGCCAAUCAGACCUCUGAGUGGACGCCCACCUCUCGGCCUCCGAGUGCGGCGGCCGGCCGCGCCUUGGCGAUUUCAGAGUGACCUUUCCCGUGACCUCCGGCAGCGUGUGUGCCUACCUGUGUUUUUAAAUUUCGUACGAGGGUUGGGUGGGGAAAGGACAAUACAGAGGUACUUUUUAAUA